AUGAGUUCCUUACGGUUCCUCGACCUGGUCAAGCCGUUCGUGCCGUUCCUCCCUGAGGUUCAGCAGCCGGAAACCAAGAUUCCCUUUAACCAGAAGCUAAUGUGGACGGCUCUGACCCUCCUCAUCUUCUUGGUGAUGAGCCAGAUGCCCCUGUACGGUAUCGUGUCGUCGGACAACUCCGAUCCCCUAUAUUGGCUGCGAAUGGUGAUGGCUAGUAAUCGCGGUACGUUGAUGGAACUGGGUAUCACCCCCAUCAUCUCGUCUGGCAUGGUCUUCCAGCUCCUUGCCGGUACCCACAUGAUCGACGUCAACCUUGACCUCAAGUCCGAUCGCGAGCUCUACCAGACCGCUCAGAAGCUCUUCGCCUUCAUUCUCUCCGCUGGCACCGCCACUGUCUACGUCUUCAGCGGCCUCUACGGAACUCCUUCCGACCUCGGCGCCGGCAUUGUCUUCCUCCUCAUCCUCCAGCUCUUCGUUGCCGGCAUGAUCGUCAUUCUCCUCGAUGAGCUUCUCCAGAAGGGUUAUGGUCUUGGAAGCGGCAUUUCGCUCUUCAUUGCUACCAACAUCUGCGAGUCCAUCGUCUGGAAGGCCUUCUCCCCCACCACCAUCAACACUGGCCGUGGUCCCGAGUUCGAGGGUGCCAUCAUUGCCCUCUUCCACCUCCUCAUGACCUGGCCCAACAAGCAGCGAGCUCUCCAGGAGGCCUUCUACCGACAGAACCUCCCCAACAUCAUGAACCUCCUCGCCACCCUUGUAGUCUUCGCCGCCGUCAUCUAUCUCCAGGGCUUCCGCGUCGAGAUCCCCGUCAAGUCCUCGCGCCAGCGUGGUGCCCGUGGCUCGUACCCCGUCCGCCUCUUCUACACCUCCAACAUGCCCAUCAUGUUGCAGUCGGCUCUCUCGUCCAACGUCUUCCUCAUCAGCCAGAUGCUGUACUCGCGCUUCUCCGAGAACCUCCUCGUCCGCCUCUUCGGUGUCUGGGAGACGAAGGAUGGCUCUUCCCAGCUCCAGGCCGUCUCGGGUCUCGUCUACUACAUGUCGCCUCCCCUCAACUUCAAGGAUGCCCUCCUCGACCCCAUCCAUACCGUCGUCUACAUCGGCUACAUGCUCACUGCCUGCGCCAUCUUCUCCAAGACCUGGAUUGAGGUUUCCGGCUCCAGCCCCCGCGAUGUCGCCAAGCAGCUCAAGGACCAGGGUCUCGUCAUGGCCGGUCACCGUGACCAGUCCAUGUACAAGGAGCUCAAGCGCAUCAUCCCCACCGCCGCCGCCUUCGGUGGUGCCUGCAUUGGUGCUCUCUCGGUUGCCAGCGACCUCAUGGGAGCUCUCGGCUCUGGCACUGGUACCCUUCUCGCUGUGACUAUCAUCUACGGUUACUUCGAAAUAGCCGCGAAGGAAGGCGACCUCGCCGGUAUGAAGGGAAUGAUCAUGGGUUAA